CCUACAGCGAGGACAAGAUGGGCCGCUUCGGCGCAGAUCCCGAGGGCUCCGACCUCUCCUUCAGCUGCCGCCUGCAGGACACCAACUCCUUCUUCGCGGGCAACCAGGCCAAGCGACCCCCCAAGCUGGGCCAGAUCGGCCGAGCCAAGCGAGUGGUGAUCGAGGAUGACCGGAUAGACGACGUGCUGAAGGGGAUGGGGGAGAAGCCGCCGUCCGGAGUGUAGACGCGCCGGCUCGGGCGGCGGGCUCCGGGCCCAGCCCCGCAGCGGCCAGGAG